UCAGAUUUGUCUCCACUCUAAGGAAAUACACAGUACCUCCGAGUAAAGUUGAGAAACUCUUGUUACGCUUCCAGCCAACCGGACGCCAACAGAAACCUUUAGUUAAAAUAAAAUGGUGAGGUUGUCUUCACUGGAAGCAAAUUCCGCAAAAGUUUAAGCUGGCGAGACAUGUCAAGUAUACUUUUCAGUCCCUGUGAGAUCCUCUAAAUCUCCUCCCCUCCUCCUUCCAAUGUUUCAGUGGCUGAGGCCAUGGCCUCUCAGUCAGGCAACAUGAACCGUGAGGACCGGAAUGUACUCCGAAUGAAAGAAAGAGAAAGGAGAAAUCAAGAAAUUCAGCAGGGAGGAGAGGCUUUUCCAGCUAAUUCCCCUCUGUUCCCCGAACCCUACAAAGUGGUCAGCAAAGAAGAUAAACUAUCCAGCCGUAUUCAAAGCAUGCUGGGAAACUACGACGAGAUGAAAGAGCCAAUUGGUGACACACUUCCAAAACUCGGGGGUAAACCUUCAAACAGUUCAUCUUCCUCUGAGGAGAAAUUGGCCGCGCCUUUGUUCGGUGGAGAUCAGCGCGGCAGUGAGAGCAGUAAAUGGACUCCGGUCGGCCCUGCGCCUGGUGGAUCAACAUCCCAGAAACGCUCAGGACUUCAGGGUGGACACGGAAGUCAGAGGAGCAGCGGUGGCAGCAGCAGCAGUAGCCAAAGAGGGGAGAGGGAAAAGAAGUCAAGUAAGCAUAGUGGAGGAUCAGAGCACUCCAAGUCGCACACGUCAAGCCCGGCCAAGAGUUCUCUGAGUUCCUCCGGCAGCCAAUCCCGGGGCUCAUUGUCUGCGGAGCAACAUCACUGCAAGGAACGCUAUCGCUCCAAGUCUCCGCUGGACAGAGAAGCCAACUGGGACUCACCCUCACGGGUUCACACCUCCUUCCCUAGUGGACAGCACUCGAGUCAGUCCUUUCCCUCAUCGUUGAUGCCUAAAACGAGCUCCAUGCAGCAAAAGCCCACGGCUUACGUACGGCCUAUGGAUGGCCAGGAAACGGCAGAGCCCAAAAGUUCACAGGCGGAGAGCUACAGCGGACAGCCGCACAGUGGCCCCAUGGGGGAGAUGAAGUCCAAUGGCAAGGCCUCACUCACCAAACUAAAGAUUCCUUCACAGCCAGUUGAGGGAUCUGGUGACGCAAACAGUGUUGCUGAAAUUUUGAAGGAAAUGACUCAGUCGUGGCCUCCGCCACUAACAGCCAUCCACACUCCAUGCAAAACAGAGCCCUCCAAGUUUCCAUUCCCCACCAAGGAAGCGCAUCCUUUUCCAAGUGGACACAAGCGGGGCAGUUCGUCAAAGAGCUCCAGCAGCCACCAAACUAAAGAUGGCAGUAUGCUGAAAGAAGAUCUGAUGAUAAGCAGCAGUGAGGACAGCGACGGUGAACAAGAAGCCAAGAAUGCCUCCAGGAACACAUCAGCAAGCAAUAACAGUGAAGCAGCUGAGCAAUCGAGGGACGACUCGAGCAGCCACAGCGGCUCAGAGAGCAGCUCGGGCUCCGACAGUGAGAGUGAAAGCAGCACAUCGGACAGUGAAGCCAACGAACCCCCACAGCCGGCCUCACCCGAUCCUCAAGGCUCCAACAAGUGGCAGCUUGAAAAUUGGAUCAAGAAGACUCAAGACAACAAUAAUACUCCGCCCAAAUACAAGAAGGAGGGCCGAGAUAACAGCUCAGGGCGUGGUCAUGGUAACCAGGGAGGGGGCUCAAAAGACUCGGCGUUGCCGCCUCCGAGCAGGGAUCUACGGGCGCCACAGAAAGGUGCGGAGGGGGGUCGUGGCCGUCAAAAAUCCCCCGCGCAGUGUGAGAGCGGCACAAACUCGCGAAGUCGCGUGGGUAAAAAGCAGCCGAAAAAGUCAGAGAAGCCCCCAGUUGUGGAAGAACCCAAAGGUGGCUUAAGGGUGGAGAGUGAGACCGCUCCGGUGGUCCCCCAUACCAGACAAACGGCUGGCACUAAAGGUCCCCGCAAGCCAAGCACCAGAAAAGAUCUGAAGUCCUCUCCCAGGUCCGCCGCAGCCCCCGCCCCCAUCGCUCCUGGCAAGCGUAAAGCCAAGCCUCCCCAGUCUCGUGAAGUGGUUUCUACAGAUCCCUCAUCUUCAGACUCUGAGGGGAACGACAGCAUCCCGUCCUCAUCACAGACCCCCAAGUACACGGAGAGCAUCCGAACCCCCGUGUGCAUGUUUGUGACCGAGGAUAAAGAGCUGCUGUCUCCGCUCAGUGACCCCGAGGACCGCUACCCGCCAAGGCCCCCCCACCAGGAGGUCCUACUCGUUAAGAUCGAUCUCAGCUUGCUGUCCAGAAUCCCGGGACGGCCGUAUAAGGAGCCUUCAGAGAUCAAAGUGGAAAGUGAAGACUCUCCAGACAGAGAUGCCAACAACAAGAAAAGCUCCAUUAAGCUCAAGCGGAGACAUAAGAAUGACGACGAAAGCUCAAAGCCUGGGAGUAAACGAUUCAAGCCAGAAGGGAAAUCUGCACAACAUCAUAAAAACGGCGUUAAAGAGUCUAAAAGGUCUUUGGACAAGAAAGAAGAGCCCGUGUCCCCCGCCUCCAUGCCGGGGCUUCAACGGACACCGAAGGCGGAGCAUCCCAGUCGGAAGAGGACGGCCAGCCAGUCCUCCACCUCACUGUCCAGCGGGACCGGAAGUGGAAAAGAGGGAAGCCAAAGUGCCAAGAGCAGCAGCACCCCCAAACACAGGAAGGGAGAGGACAAGGGCAAGACACGGGACAGCAAGGAGAAGUCCUCAAAGAGCUGCGAUAACCAGCUCGUUCCUCCUCUUUCCUCGGAUGGCUCAAAGUCUCAGAGAUCCAAGCUGGUGUUCGAGGACAGGGUUCAUUCAGCAGAUCACUACUUGCAGGAAGCCAAGAAGCUCAAGCACAAUGCAGACGCUCUGCCAAUCAGGACGUGGGAUGCAGUGUGCUGUGGGGGAAAAAGUGUGGAAAAUUGCACUGAAAAAAAAUCCCAAAGACUGCAAAAGGUGAACCGAUUUGAGAAGGCGGUUUACUACCUGGAUGCUGUGGUGUCGUUCAUUGAAUGUGGCAAUGCACUGGAGAAAAGUGCCCAGGAGGCAAAGUCUCCCUUCCCUAUGUAUGCAGAAACCGUGGAACUCAUCAAAUACACUAUGAAAUUAAAAAGCUACAUGGCCCCAGAUGCUACUUCAGCAGACAAGAGACUGGCCGUGCUUUGUUUGCGAUGUCAGUCUCUUCUUUACCUGCGACUGUUCAAGUUAAGGAAAGACAGCGCUCUGAAAUACUCCAAAACUCUCACAGAACACUUGAAGAAUUCUCUGAGUAACACCCAGGCUCCCUCUCCUGGAAUGGCAAAUAAGGCAGCAGGCAUGCCCUCCCCAGUCUCACCCAAACUUUCACCAGGGUCAGCCAGUGGCUACGUAUCCAGCAGCAACAGCAGCGCCAGCUCCUCUGUGACCAUACCUCAGCGCAUCCACCAGAUGGCUGCCAGCUACGUCCAGGUCACCUCCAACUUCCUGUACGCCACUGAGAUCUGGGACCAGGCUGAGCAGCUGUCCAAGGAGCAGAAAGAUUUCUUCUUGGAGUUGGACAAAAUGAUGGGUCCUUUGAUCUUCAACACCAGCAGCAUGACAGAACUCGUGCGUUACACGCGACAGGGCCUCCACUGGCUGCGCCUGGAUGCGAAACACGCCGCCUAGCACAGGCCCCGCUCCCUGCACGCUGCUUCCUUGCACAUGCCGACACCUCAGCCUCUCGUGCUUACCAACCGGAUCUCAGAGACACAGACACACACACAGACACACACAUAUGCAAACAGUGUCCACAUCUGCUCCUCAGCUUACACAGGGCGGACUUCUUAGACAACACUGUGUCCAUUUUCUGCACCAGCUUGCCAAAAACACUGAGCAAUUAGGGUAUCUUACAUCGGCAAGGCAAAGGGCAGGUACAUCUGCAGCAGUAAUCCAGAGAGCCUGUCACAUGGCUUCAUAAAUCAGCCUUCUUACAAAUAUUCUUGCAGGCGGUUUAUAUUAUCUUGACAUGAAAGAACUGGGUGGAUUCUUAAUUCACAAUACACUAAAACUGGGGUUUGGUUAAUAGGCUUCUUUAGGUUACGACAGUUUAUUUGACUUUGUUUCACCAAAGUACCUCCCAGGAACACCAAAGGUGCUUUAAACUGAAGGUUUCUCCUAGUCAUUUUUGUGCCUUGUAUGUGAGCUACAGGAAAACUAUCAUCCAAUUGUUUUUUUGCGUUUUGGUGUUUUUGUUUCUUUUAAAGCUAUUGCCACAGUUCUUCUAAUGUAUAUUUUAGUUAUUUAACAAGUAUUGGAAACUGGCAACAUUUAUAUUUUUACUGCAAUUUCAGGUCUUUUUAAGUUACUAAAAUAACCAAUAAUUGCUGUUCGUUUCCUCUGACUUCAUCAAUUUUCAACGCCUCAAGAGGCGGAGGAGGAAAGGUUCACGUCUACACCAGAUUGAUAUUUUUGAAUCCUAUAUUUAUAAAAUAUUCUUUUAAAAACUAUAUUAACCCACGCAUUUUAUCUGUUGAAAUCAGAAGCUUUUUCUGGCCUGCUAACCAAUGAAAUGUUAAGUUAUUUCCCUUAUUAUGGCUCUGAAAGACGCUCUGCUCCUCUUUGUAAAGCUGCAGGGACUGUUAGAUGAUGGACUUUCAUUCAAUUUUCUAUUAGCCACAUGAUGUUUUGCCUUCGGUAGCUUUGAAAUUCAAAUACCAUUAAAUGUCGUUCCUCUUGUAGCCACGUCGUCUUCAAAUUGUCACCAAGCUAGAACCCUUUCUUGUAGAAGUACACAUGUUUUUCGGUUGUUUUUUUUUUGUCAGUAUAUUCAGAACAGCAGGGACUGUGGAAGUAUUCUACAUGGUGGUCCACCAUUACGUUGCAGGGUAUAGAAACUAAUUUGGCGAGAUUAGAUGAAAGCGAAUAUAUUGUUUAGGAUGAGAACCGCAUUAGUGAAGGAAAUUAGAAGUGUUGCGUUUAUAUGACAGAGUUUAAAAUCUAUAACUGUGUAUUGCAGAUGAGAAUUAUAAAAACAUAUACGGAUUCUAUUUAUAUACUGAGAUUCUUUUGUCUUAUGGCCAAAUAAAUGCUAAAUUUCAACAGGGGAGAAAGCAAAAGUAUUUUUUGAUGUAAUUGUUCCUAUUUAAAUCAACUCAAUCAUGCAUGUCUUACACAAAAGUAAAAUGACAACAUUGAGUAAAUGUAUACCUGCGUUUCGAUUGAUUCUGCCGUCUUUAAGUCACUGCUCGUCAUGGACUUUUGUUGUUUUUGUUUCGGUGAAGGUGUUAACGAUGCUUCCAGGUGGAUUGGGUGUCAUCUUCAAUAGUAGGAGGAUCUGUCCUUUUUUUUUUCCUCCUCAUUCAUUUACCUUAAUGGAAUAAAACAUGCUGGAAAUCCUGGGCCAAAUAGUAUUUUGAUAAUAAACUCCUAAUAUAAUCAUUUUUUGUUUUAACUCUAAAGGAAAGUGUGAAAUGUGUUUUAGGCAUAUUGAGCUUUUUAAAUUAAAUCGCAGAAAAUUACUGUUUGGUCCAGCUUUUUUUUUUUACUCUUCACUGGCUCCCUGCCUUUAUUGGAAGAGGGAGAUACUGUUAUUUUCUCUUAAACUUGAAAAAGAGCAAGUCAAAGGAGGUAUUCUUUUAAUCUAUGCAGGAUUUUUGAAAAACAAGAAGGCUCCCUCUUAAGUUUUUCUUUUCCCGUCUCAGUGAGAAACCUUUUACUCAAAUGUCCAAGGCCUUCAGCUUUUGCAAUUUUUGUGUACUAGUUUAGUAAAUGUAUGUAAAUAGUUUUUUUUUUUUGUAUAACCAAACACAUAUGGCUCUGAGCCAUUUUGUAUUUAAAAGCUGGAGGCAACUUUUCUUGUAGGAAGUGAGUUUUGCCAGCUCAGACAAUGUCUUCAUACACUGGUACAAUUGCAAGUUGAAGUUGGCACCUUGUGUUCCCUAUACGCUAUCUUAUACGUAAAAUGUUUUUUAAAACGAACAAAAAAAAUAAUUUUUAACAGUUUGCUACUCACUUAUUUAUUUUUUCUGCCCCUUUUGCGCUAUUUCUUUACUAUUUUGCCUUUUUACGGAGUUCCAUUUUAAGAAAUAGGAAGAUGUAUAUGUAUUGUUUAUGAUGAGAUUUUCAUUGUAAUUAGUAAUUAAUUCUAACUUUAAAGAAUCCAGGGUAAGAUGAGGUGUUUUUUUAAUUUUAUUUGACUUUUAGUAGGAAAUUGGUAACACUUGCAUGUUUCUAUUUAAAUACAAUUGUAUAAAUUGUAAAUAUAACAUUUCUUUAAGGGUGGAUUUCUACUACAGGUUGACAUUUUUAUUAAACGUACACAAUGCUGUAAAUAUAUUGUGAGAUCCUACAUGCACAUUUUUUUUUUCCUCCUGUGGGUUUUUUCUAUGUUCUUUCCUCCUCAAAGUUGUUAGAGAUGGCAUCCUAAUCUAUUAACACUGUAUAUCAGAUUGAUUUGCUCUAUGUGCUCGUAUCCUUUGUCUUAUUCCUUCACUGUGUCAUAGUAUCUUGUUUGGGACUUAAUUAUCGUCUCCAAAGUGUUAAUAUUUCCGUCUCUUCUGUGAUUGACUCGGAGCUGCGUACUUUAAAUGUAAAUUGUUUGAGCUCAUGAGAUGGACGUAUGAACUGCAUGUAUAGUCUGUUGUCUCUUUCUUCCUCAAGAGAGAAUUAUGUAUUAACUGUCCUUUUUUUUUUAAUAAGAAUUGGUCCAACGUGUUUAGGAAACAAGAGGUUUCUGCACACUUCAGAACAGCUGUAGCAGUUUAUACAGUAUGUUGAAUAACACACCCCCCUUUUUAUUUUAUUUUAACCUCGUCUCCAUAGUGAGACUAUCAGCAAACGAUAUAUACAAUAAUUUAAACUGGACUAGUUUUAAGAGAUCUGUUGACAAAGAUGAUAUAUAUGAUGGAUGCAAUAUGAUUCAAGGUACUCAUAAAGUUUGAUCCUCAAACUUAGGUUAUGUAAUUUAAGAACAUUCUUGUGAAGUGAGUAUUAAUUGUGACUAAUGAGUCUGUCCUGAAUAUUCUUUGUAUUUUGCUGUAUUGAGAAUAAAAUAUAUAUGAAUAUGUUUAA